AAGACCAUCUCAGCAUCUGGAGAUCUCAACAGCAAUCAACACGGCCAACAUGAGGACUUUCAUGCUCUUGGUGCUGACGAUUGUAGCUGUUACUGGGAUCAAACACAAAGCGGGACAAAUUCUCCUAAUGGAAAUCAUAGAUGAUGUGAAGCAAAUCUUAAAUCAAAGUUCAUCGACGAAUCUCAACCAAUUUGUAAUAGAUGUAUUUCCUCCAGUGGGCUGCUCGGAGAAACACAUCUGCCAAGCAGCGAUGGUCAUGAUGAACACAGAACUAAGCCACAGCAUGCUGCACAGACGACUGUUCGCAUAUGCGAAUUAUUCAGGGCACCUUCACUGCAACGUUACAGCUUCAGAAGAACACAGAAUGCAUGUUUUCCUCGAAAAAAUCAAAGAUUGCUGCAAAGCACAAUACUCUAAACCCUUAAAGCAAUAAGUCGAGACAAAAGAAGUGAAAUGACUCUAGACUUACUGCUUAUGAACACAAUACUAUAUUUUUGUAUUACAUUUAAUAUUAAUUAAAUUAUUUUUUAUUAAA